GGGUACAGCUGUACAGGGGUGCAUGCUUGUGCCUCUACGGCUGGGCUAAGGGUGCACCGUGGGUGCGCUGCAUGGGCCUGCGAUCAAUAGAGAGUACAAUAGGCAUGCCAUUGCCUCGGGCACUCAAGCCUUGAAUAGGGUGAUCAAGUGGGCUCACACUGCACACAGCUAUUUGCAUUUCUCAAUCACUCUGUUUAUGGAUACACAGUUGGAAAGUUUUGUGAACAAACUGAUAUCCUGGUCGAUGCUCCAUGGACGCGUUAGUUUAUGAGUGAGAUCCUCAUAAAAGUGUCCGUUUGGAACUCUUAUGUGUGUACUAAAGUCGAUGAUCUUCGCUGAGUUGACGUGAUCGCGUUUCUGUUUGGGACAUGUAAUCUGGUUGUGAAGCGUAUACAGUCAACAUGACGAGGGUCAAGGGGUGACCCUAUAUGGAGUGCUGUGAAGAGCAACAACAGGAACGCCAUACUGCGUUGCUAACGCAAAACUGUGGUUGAGUUCAGCGAUUCCUAGAAGAAAACACUGAACUUCUCGGUGAUAAUCUGCAAUCAUGUGAUGUGCUUGGAUCGUGUGGGUAUGAGGAUGUAAUGUGAUCGGAGUUAUGGCCAAUGUAGGGGAUUCAAACUGGAGUCUUGGAGCGUCCACGGGAAGUUUGGGCUCGACAUCCAGUACCCCUCGCCUGUGCACCUACCGUGGGAUGUACCGCGGCAGUGGGAGUGCAGACAUCAUGAGCCCACAGCAACUGUCUCCGUGUAUGGACUCGGUUGUCGAGUCUCCAACAACUAGCUGCUCAUCUAAGGAGCGAGACCGGCACAGCCAGACGAUGGACGUGGCUCACAUCAGACUCCGGCCGGAGAUCAAGCCAGAUUUACCGUCGUCAGUACCGAACAGCGCUCGGGAGCCUCUACCGGGCUACUCGCCGUCCCACCACCGCGAUCCGGCCAACCAUCGCUCGGUCAACGAGCAGCUGGAUAAGUAUAUGGUGAUUCGGCAGAGGAGUUUCCACGGGUACGCUAGGAGCAAGCAGGACCUGAGGCAGCUUCCUCAGACGGACCCACGGGAGGAGACAGAUACCAUCCCAAACUGGCUUCACCGCUCCAAGACCGAUAUCUACAUCGAGAGACGGCGAGCCAAGCUGGCCUCACAGAGGGCCCGUAGACGCGGCGGUUCUGGUGGGUACAACCUGGACGGAAUCACGCUAGGCAGCCUCGUCAACCAACUACCUGUCCCAGGGAAGAGAGAUUACAACGGGAACUGUAAACUGGACUCAUCAAUGACCGUAAACCCAGGCUCCCUCACCGGGGAGUGUCGAGAGGAAACACGGUUCCCUCCACUGACUAUGAACCGCAUGAAGCAGAUGAUACGAAACGAUAUCCGGACUUACACCAUAGAGAGCCAAGCCACCGAACACCGCCGGCCCUCCACGACUAGCGCCUUGCCUACCUCCUCCUCAACAUUCCCCGUACCGGACCCUCCUCCAAACUCCCCUCCGCCCCAAACCAGGGAACCUACGGGGCACAAGAGGGGCCGGUUACGGAAGCAACCUCUAGGCUCCAUUCCAUUGAGGAUAUGGGAACCGAGCUUGGAUUACGUACUCAGGAGUAAUGCCAAGGAGUUACAGCCCCGGCAAGCUGUGCCGUCAUUUGCGCAUCAGGCAUCAGUGCGACAACAACCAUCACCUCUGAAAUAAUCCCCGUUAUUACCCAUGAAUUGUACAAUACAGAGAGUCUUAAUAUUGUAUUUAACCGCUGCUAAAAUCAGGAACAUGUCAGAAUUGAAUAUGUGGAUCCAGUGUGAUGCAUAUAAAGGAAAAGAACAAUUCAUGUAUAUGAUGAGUCUUGACAUCUAUUUAGGAAAUUUUAACAGUUGCAAAUGUUUAAAUUCUAAAGCAACUUUGCCCUUUUUGAGUCCUUUGAUCCACCAUUCAUAGGUCGAAAGUCACUGAAUUCUCCUGUAAAUUUUCAGUCGAAAGCACACUUCGGAAAAUUGUCCGAUUUGUGACCAAUCACUUUGUUCGCAUGUGUUUCAUUGUUUGAAAUUGUCAUGGUUUUAUGAAACCGCAUGGAAAAACUGUUGUAUUAUUUUAUUACUUCAUUGUUCAUUUAAAAAAAAAUACGGGUAUAUAACUUCUAAAUAUUUUACUUUCAAAAUUCGAACCCUGACCCUUACUCUUUUGACGAUAAUGUUGACCGCCACCUGUAUUCAUCCUCGUGAAAAUAACGAUAUGAUGUCUCAAUUAAUUGAUAUCCCUCCUCCUAAAACUUUGUGCCCCGCCCCUCCGAUGAAAUCCAAAACAAGACUCCAGUCCAGGUGUCCUACAAACCCACAAAUUAACAUGUGGUUAGAAAACCUUGGGUAUAUUUGAAAGUCUUAUCUCAUAAAGCUUAAAGGCCAAUUAAACCGUCAAUCGUCUCCUUUGUCAAAAAUGGCGAUUAAAUAUUUGUUCGCUUAUCAUUUGGACAAUAAUGAACCAUUAAACUGUUGUGUGUAGAUGUGUGUUUAUCGCCGAAUCUGGGCUACCCUCUCGUAACAUGUGGACCUUGGUCUAUAUUUCAGACCUCAUUUUUUAAGUAAAAAAAUGAAUGUGAAGUAUAAAUUGACUGUGCGGAUUUUUGUUUACCAAAAAGGUGCCGGCAACUGAAAAAGAUUGAUCCAGGUCACUUUUGCAGAGUUUUUAAUAUCAAUGAAAUUGAAUGGAAUUACAAACUACUGUUAAUCAUAAUUUGUGGCAUAAUCAUCUAAAAUUAUUCCUUUAUGAUUAUCCGUCCAAUGUACCGUCACGGUGAUAGAGAUUAACCUUGUAACAGUGCAACGUCAUAUUCAAAGGCUCUGUUAAGUAUUUUGUUGUAAUAUCUACGAUGAUCAACAGUCUAGGUUUUCAGACACAACUAUUGUAAACGUUGCACAAAAUAUAUCAGGAUUUGGUGUCACGUUUCUUUCGUGAUCUUAUUUGUAUUUGGUGGAAACACUCCAAAAAGCAUAACCUUUUUAUCAUCGUAUCAUUUUGUUUUCAGCAUUUUUUCUCAUUGAUAAGACAGAGAGCCAAAAUCAGCUAUGACCAUCAGUUCAACCUGAGAAAGUUCAUAAAAGUUGACUUGUGUAAACCGAUUUUUUUUUUUUUUUGGAUAGUGCAAUCCUAACAUUUUGUAUUUUUACUGUAGGAAAUAAUAACCUUGUAUAUGUGAUAUCCAUAUACAAAUUUACCCGUAUGCAUGAAUUCCGUCCGUUUGCAAAAUAGAAAAGGAGUAUUGUUUGAAGUUUUUACUUAUUCGUAGACAUGUACGUGUAGAUGAUAUACAUAAUGUUAUAUUGGACGAUUAUAAGGUAACCCUUAUGUUACUGUUGUUUUACAAGACAAAGGCCAACAAUUGAAAAGGACUGUUAAUGAUACUUAUUACAUUCAUUUUAGUGACUUUUAUUACGGGAAUAUUGGUCAUGAAUAUUCUACGAAACAGCUAGUAUAUCGGUGCAUAUUUUUGACAUUCAUUUCACGAACAGAACAGUUUUGGAAGUAUAAAUGUUCAAGUUGUCCAAAUUUUGUUGGGGCGGGCCUUUCUUUACGACAACGCUACCACAUUGUGUACAUGGCACUUGUACAUGUACAUGUAUACAAAUUCUAAAAGUUAUUGAUAACCAAAUUUAAUCUACAAAAUGGCUAUUAUUUUGUCCGAAGUCGUUGAAAUUGCAACAGCAGCCUUUUUGAGUGAUAUCAUGUUUAAAAGGCACAUACAAUCCUAGGGAAAAAACGUCCAAUACAUAGCCAAAAUGAAGUAUUUAUACUUGGAGGAGCUCCGGAGGUGACCGAUAUAUAUUUUAUGUACCAAUGUGUUUUACUCGCCCUUUGUUGUCAUUAUUUAUGCGUUUACUUUGUUUAUUAUGUAAACGUUGUAAUUUAUUAAAGUUUUGAGAUACAAAA